GAAACUGUCUCGCUUAUAUAUCGAGACAAUUGCUAUACACGCCAUUAUAUUGUUCGGCGCCAUACGAACCGCUCCCGUUAAAACAAACGCCAAAAUGCGUAAAGUAAUUCUUUUUAUUCUAAAUAUUCUUUAUGCCCUUUUCGGGCUCGCGUUGUUUCUCGGUGGUGUCGCGUUUUGGAUAUACGUGGCCCAAUUUACUGCCUUGAGGAACACCCAUCAUUAUAAACUGGACUUCAGCUUGUAUUGGCCUCAAGUGAUACCGGUCGUCGCCUGCUUAGCUGGGAUCUUCGUGAUAUUCGUCGCCUGCUGCGGCUGCUGCACUGCUUCCAAGAACAACAAGGGCUUCACCAUUAUGCAGUCUAUCUUCAUCAUGAUCACCUUAAUAGUGCUUAUAACCUGUGCUGCUUUAACGUUGAAAUAUGGCGACAAUGAAGAAACAGACGUGUAUUUGAUUGAUGCGCUGACCGACGGAUUUUCCGAAGCGAAAACGAGUCCAAAUCACCAGGAGAUGUUCUCAAGAAUUGAGAGCUGGCUUGGUUGCUGUGGUGCUGAAGGCUCAUCAAGCUACAGGCCGCAUGGUGUGCAUUUUUUACCUCAAUCCUGCUGCGGAUAUUCAGAUGAUUCCAAUCAAAAAUGCGAAUUCACAUCUAAGGAGGCUACUGAUAGGCAUGGUUGUGUAAAAGUAGUUGUUUCCUACAGCAGAUUAUUCCUAAGAGUUUUAGCAGCGGCCGCUGCUGUCGCUGCCUUCUUUGGAAUCUUAAGUUUAGUAGCUACUUUAGCUUUAUCGAUAGGAUUGAAUAAAAAGCCAGCAGUGUAUGAUGCAACCGACAUCGAGACGAAGAAAGGACUUUUGUAAAGUGUUGUGUGUUGUGAAAUGAGUCAAGCUUUAAUGUCCCGCCGCGUUGGGAUGAAACUUCUUAAGUUUUAUUUUGAAAACUUUAAAGAAGUUUCACCAUUUGUAAAAUUGUGGUAAUUUUUUUGCAAUCUUGAUGCUUACUAAUUUUAUUGAUUUGAUUGUGUUCAUGUGUGUGAGAAUGUUUAUUAUUUAUUGUAUGAUGCUAGUGGUGAGAUAACCAAAGAAUUAAUGUAAUUUACUUUUUACUUAUGUCAAAUAGUGUGAUUUUAAAGUAAGGCGAAUUAAUUUAGAGACAAUUAAUUUAAAUCCUACUUUACUCGGUUAUUUAUUAUGUGAUACUAUAAACAAAAAAAGAUUUUAUUGUAAAUUCUUAAAUUGUUGUGUAAUAUCAAAAUGUCUUGAUUAAAAACGGUCUCAAAAAAGUCAAAGCAUAUAAACAUAUAUUCUCGUAUGGUAAAAAUAUUCAUACAGGCAUAGUAAUAUUACAUAACAGUAUUGUAAUGAAACAAACAAGGUCAUAGUGUGUGAGGAAGAAUUUGCUUUUAAUUGACAUAAUAGAUAAAUUUGUUAGUUUGUUCGCAGUACUUGCACCUUUGUAGAGGACAAAUGAAUUAACAAUUGUUCUACCUACAGUCAUUAUGCUAUUACUAUACGAAACAAAAGGUUUUUGUUAUAUUUUAUAAAAAGUUACAAUUCGCACAUGCCAUUUAGUACAGACUCGACAUAAAAAAUUGACAAUAUUUUAUAAAUUAUUUUUAGGGUUCCGUACCCAAAGGGCAAAAACGGGACCCUAUUACUAAGACUCCGCUGUCCGUCUGUCCGUCUGUCCGUCUGUCUGUCACCAGGCUGUAUCUCAUGAACCGUGAUAGCUAGACAGUUGAAAUUUUUACAGAUUAUGUAUUUCUCUUGCCGCUAUAACAACAAAUACUAAAAAGUACGGAACCCUCGGGGCACGAGUCCGACUCGCACUUGGCCGGUUUUUUCUGAUUUUGUACUGAGUUAUGUGAAUAUUAUUGUAUAUUAUAAAUUAGUAAUAUAAUUUACGUGAUAUUGAUAGUGAUUAAUUUUAGUAAAUAUAGAUAUUACAAAUUUUAAGUACUGUUUUAGUUGUCAGAAUGUAAACAAUAUACCUACAGAUGCUCUUAUGAAUUAUAAAAGUACACAAAUAUUGUUUUAUAUUAUAUAUUGUCGA